AGGAGAAAAUGGUGUGAGACCAGCCAGCACGGCUGCCACUUUGAGUCUCGGCGUGCCCAGACCUCAGGGAGGAACAUGGCAGCAGCUCAGGGAGCAGGAAGCAGUUCAGCUGGGCCGUCAGGACUCUCUGGUCCUGCCCCGGGGCACAGCAGCAGCUCCACGGCAGUGGCAGUGUGGGAAUGGCAGGAUGAAUUUGGCAGGUGGAGGCCAUACAGAGGGAACGUCUGCAGCUACAUCGAACAGGUUUUUCAGGCCUCUCAGCAGAAGGGACGGCGCUCGGGAUCGGGGCUUGUCAGCAGCAUCCCUUUGGGACAGGCAGAUCCCGUCCUGGCUCCCUAUGUCAUUGACAUUCCCAGCUUGACACAGUUCCGCCAGGAUACAGGGACGAUGCGAGCUGUCCGCAGGCAACUCUUCCCGGGAGACUCCGCGGCCGGGCAGGGCAUUGUCUGGGAGUGGCAGAACGACGAGGGCGGGUGGUCCCCGUACGAGAUGAACGUGUGUGUGUUCCUGGAGCAGGCACGUGCCACCAACCACCAGCGAGUAGAUCUUGGACCCUUGGGCUACAACUAUGAAGUUGACUUUGUGGCUCAAGUCCAGACUAACAAGACCACGAGGUUCCGCCGCAGCGUUCAGAGGCGGUUGGACGCGCCAUACCCGGUGACAACCUCCCCAGCACCCCUUCACACAGGGGUAGGUUGUUCUUGCCAGCAGUGCUGGAUGAACAGUGGGACUGGUCCAAUCACCACACGCUACCGCCACUCCAUGAUAAACUUUCCCAACUCUUCCACUACUCAUCAGGUUCCCGGUAGGACAGCGUCAGUAAGUUCUUCCAGCGUCGGCUUCGUGCCCUAUAACAAACCAACUUUGACUGGAGCAAGGUCAACACCAAGACUCAAUGCACAGAGCACCUGGGCUUUGGCUCAGCCUGGGGGCCUCAGCUCAGGACUGUCUGCAUCUAACGGAGUCAGUGCCCCAAACCUGCCUGUCAAGAUGCCCAAAUCCAGCAAGGUGAACCAGGCCCUGGCAGGCAUGACAGCUAUUCUGAUGUCAGCCGCCGGACUGCCCGUGCACCUCACCUGUGUGCCUCAAGCUGCCAGCACCCAUAAAGCCACUAAAAAACACAGCUCAGUUAAGGAGGGGAGGAAAGUGUCCAAGAAAG